GGCAGCACCACGUGUACUGUGUUGACUGUCAAAGCCUUCAGGAGCCCAAUUCCCGGAAGCUGUGAGUUCUGAAAGAAGUUCCUGCACUCGAGCGCCCGGAGUCUGCGAGCCCCCAACCAUGAGCGCCCCGGGCGUGCUGUCCUUUACCCAGCAAGGCUGGGAGCAGGUGCUGGCCAAAGUGAAACGGGCUUUGGUCUACCUGGACGCCGCCUGCGCCGAGAGCCUGCACUGGGGCUGCGGAUCCACGCGGCUUCUGGAGGCGGUGGGAGGUCCUGAGUGUCACCUGCGGGAGUUCGAGCCCGCCGCAGUUGGUGGUGGAGCCAAGCAGCCUAAGGCGGUGUUUGUGUUGAGCUGCCUGCUGAAAGGCCGGACCGUGGAGACCCUACGGGAUAUCAUCUGUCGCAGUCACUUCCAGUACUGUGUGGUGGUCACAGCCGUGAACCACGCUGUCCACCUCACCGCUAAUCACGUGCCGGCGGCUGCAGCGGCCGAGCUGGAAGGGCAGCAGCCGGUGUUCGAGCAACUGGAGGAGAAGCUGUGUGAGUGGAUGGGCAAUAUGAACUACACCGCCGAGGUGCUGCACGUCCCGUUGUUGCUCGCCCCUGUGGCUUCCCACCUUGCCUUGACUCCAGCCUUUGCUUCCCUUUUUCCACUGCUCCCCCAGGAUGUGCAUCUCCUUAACAGCGCCCGACCGGACAAGAGGAGGCUAGGAAGCCUGAGUGAGGUGGAUGCCACGGCCCUGACCCCUGAGCUGUUUCUGCAGAUCAGGUGCCUGGUGUCAGGCCUCAGUUCUCUGUGUGAGCAUUUCGGGGUGCGGGAGGAGUGUUUUGCCGUAGGUUCCCUCAGUCGGAUCAUCGCUGCAGAUCUGGCUAAUUAUGCCCCUGCCAAGAACAGGAGGAAGACUGCCACAGGCAGGGCAUCAGUGGUCUUUGUGGACAGAACUCUGGAUCUCACGGGAGCAACUGGACAUCAUGGAGACAACUUGGUAGAGAAGAUCAUUUCAGUGCUUCCCCAGCUCCCGGGCCACACCAACGAUGUGAUGGUUAACAUGGUAGAGCUUACGGCACUCCAGAAUGAAGAGAAGAGUCAGAGUAUGGUUGCGCCAGGCUGUCUUGCACAACCCAAGGACGCGGCCGCCAAAGCCUUGUGGGAAGCCUUACUGAGCACCAAGCACAAAGAGGCAGUGAUGGAAGUGCGGAGACAUCUAGUGGAAGCAGCAAGCAGAGAAAACCUGCCAAUCAAGAUGAGUAUGGGGAGAGUCACUCCGGGGCAGCUCCUGUCCUAUAUUCAUCUCUUCAAGAACAACCUCAAAGCUUUAGUGAGUCACUGUGGGCUCCUACAGCUUGGGCUGGCCACAGUUCAAACUCUGAAACACCCACAGACUGCCAAAUGGGACAACUUUCUGGCUUUUGAAAGACUCCUUCUCCAGAGCAUUGGGGAGUCAACCAUGUCUGUUGUGUUAAAUCAGCUGCUGCCCAUGAUGAAGCCUUUGAACCAAAGGACCGACAAUGAUUACAGCCCUGAAGAAUUGUUGAUCCUCCUGAUAUAUAUUUACUCUGUUGGUGGAGAGUUUACAGUGGACAAAGACCUGGGGGAAGCCGAAGAAAAAGUGAAGAAAGCAUUGGCUCAGGUCUUCUGUGAAGAGUCUGAAUUGUCACCUUUGCUGCAAAAAAUCACAGGCUGUGACUCUUCAAUUAAGCUGACUUUUCACAAAUCCAAAAUUGCCGUGGAUGAGCUCUUUACUUCGCUUCGGGAUAUUGCUGGAGCUCGGAAUCUCAUGAAACAGUUUAAGUCUGUGUAUGUUCCUGGAAAUCAUACCCACCAGGCAUCCUAUAAGCCAUUCCUGAGGCAGGUUGUGGAGGAAAUAUUUAAUCCUGAGAAGCCAGAUCCGGUGGAUAUCGAACACAUGUCUUCAGGCCUCACGGAUCUCCUUAAAACUGGAUUUAGCAUGUUUAUGAAGGUGAGCCGGCCCCAUCCCAGCGACCACCCUCUCCUGAUCCUCUUUGUGGUGGGCGGGGUCACAGUCUCAGAAGCCAAAAUGAUCAAAGACCUCGUGCCGUCCUUGAAGCCAGGAACCCAGGUUAUCGUGCUGUCCACGCGACUCCUGAAGCCAUUUAACAUUCCUGAGCUGUUAUUUGCGACUGACCGGCUGCAUCCAGACCUUGGCUUCUGAGCAUCUCUGCAAGGGUGAGACUUACCUGAGCUGGAAAUACCGAUACCGUUAUCCCGUCACCGUUCAAGAUACGCCUCCCAAACCGGUGUCCCCUUGCUAACGGUGGCUAUGACAGAAUUCUGCCUGAAGGGUCUUGGCAACCAUGCAUCGAAGUACUUUGCUCGGAUUCCCAACAACUUAAAAAAAAAAAAAAUUACUUUCAUUUUUCUACAGGUGUCAAACUGUCUGUCAGCUGGCCACGUUUGACAUCAUCCCCGUUUCUCCUCAACCCUCUCUUUGUGGUCCUGAUUCCUGUGAUCCUGGAUUCUGUGAUCCUGGAAUCUUCCUGAUUCCAGCCGCAAGCUCACUGUUUCUAAAUAAACGCCUGUUGGUGAGUGUUGGUAGAUUA